CUGGAGGCCGUUUCGAAGGACCUUCGUGCUAUUUUAUUGGAGGUUAUAAGUGGGGUGGCGUGGGCUCGUAGGGUGCCGGAUGAUGCUUGAGGAGAAGCUGCUAGAGCUGGCUGGGUCCGAUACUUGCGAUGUCUGGUUUAUUUAUGUCUUUUUACUUUUAUGUUUCCUUAGCUGCUAGUGUGUUUUUUUUCUCUUUUUAAUUUGUAGUUCUUAGUUUUCUUAGGGGCUUGCCCCUCUCAUUUACCAAAAAUUAAAAAAAAAAAUAUCAAUAUUCAAAUAACUUACAAAAUAUAAAAAAAAUUCAAUAGGAAUUUUAUUGUAAAAUUUAAAUGAAAUUCUUACCACUAAACUACAGCCACCAUAUUAAUACUCCCAUCAUCUAUUUUUAGUUUUUAAAUAGGACAAACCAAUCCUAUCUUAAAUUAAAAGUCAAACAAAAAAACCGGUAAAUUUGAACUACUCCGUAUAUUACACUCAUUCAAAUUGACAAUAAUCCACUUGUACAAUUAUACUCUCACUGUCACACAGUCACACCAAUCAUUAUCCAAGAAAACAUUACCAGACACAGAAAAUUCCGCCAUUAACGAUGCUUCCGUCAACCUCCGCCGCCAUUUUCUCUCUCCUCCUAACAACAACGACACUACUUUCUCUCUCUUCAUCUUCUUCACUUUCUGACGACGACGAUUCUCUCACCUACAUUUGGCCAUUGCCGGCAAACUCCACUUCCGGCGCCGAUACUCUCACCGUCGAUCCCGACCUUUCUAUCUCCAACUCCGGCAACUCUCCGAUCAUCUCCGCCGCUUUUCUUCGCUACAAAUGCAUCAUCUUCUCUCAUGCAACAACGGUUCCUCCCGGAUUUCGAUCUCUUCGAACGCCGGUUUUUGAUAUUAGUGUUGUUCAGAUCGUUGUUCGUUCUUCUGAUGAAGAGCUUCAAUUUGGAGUGGAUGAGAGCUAUGUUUUGAGGAUUUCUGGGAGAGAUAAUCACUCAAUUGUUGGAUUUGCUGCAAUUGAGGCCAAUACUGUGUACGGUGCAUUGCGGGCGUUAGAGACUUUCAGCCAGUUGUGCACAUUUCAUUAUGAAUCAAAAACUGUAAAAGUAAUGAAGGCUCCUUGGUAUAUUCAAGACGAACCGAGGUUUGCAUACCGCGGACUUCUUAUAGAUACUUCUCGGCAUUAUCUACCAACAGAUGUAAUUAAGCAUAUUAUUGAUUCCAUGUCAUAUGCCAAACUUAAUGUUCUUCAUUGGCAUAUCGUGGAUGAGGAGUCUUUUCCUCUUGAAACUCCUUCUUAUCCAAAUUUGUGGAAGGGUUCAUACUCAAGGUGGGAGCGGUACACAGUUGAGGAUGCUUAUGAAAUUGUCAACUUUGCAAAAACAAGAGGCAUCCAUGUCAUGCCAGAGAUAGAUGUUCCUGGUCAUGCUGAAUCAUGGGGUGUUGGAUAUCCUGAUCUUUGGCCUUCUUCUUCCUGUAAAGAGCCACUUGAUGUCUCCAAAAACUUUACUUUUGAUGUGGUUUCUGGUAUUUUGACAGAUAUGGGAAAAAUCUUCCCAUUUGAGCUAUUCCACUUGGGAGGUGAUGAGGUUAAUACAGAGUGUUGGAAUUCUACAGCACACAUAAAGCAAUGGUUAAUAGACCAUAACAUGACUCAUAAUGACGCCUACCAAUAUUUUGUGCUAAGAGCUCAGGAAAUAGCUAUUUCAAACAAUCGGACACCUGUCAACUGGGAAGAAACAUUCAGAUCAUUCCCCUCAAAGCUGAAUCCAAGAACAGUUGUGCAUAACUGGCUGGUUUCUGGAAUCUGUCCCAAGGCUGUGGCUAAAGGUUUUAGAUGUAUAUUUAGCAAUCAGGGUGUUUGGUACCUUGAUCAUCUAGACGUCCCUUGGCAACCUGUUUAUGAAGCAGAUCCCUUGGAGGGAAUUACUAAUGUUACUCAGCAAAAGAUGAUUCUUGGAGGAGAAGUAUGCAUGUGGGGUGAGACAGCUGAUACUUCAGAUAUUCAGCAAACAAUAUGGCCACGAGCUGCCGCCGCUGCAGAACGCUUAUGGAGCACGAGAGAAGCUACAACAGUAGAAAAUAUUAACAAAACAGCACUACCCCGAUUGCAUUACUUCAGAUGCCUCCUGAACAUGCGUGGUGUUCAAGCUGCUCCUCUUACUAACUUCUAUGCUCGACGUCCACCUACUGGUCCAGGCUCAUGUUAUGAGCAAUGAUGUACUUAUGCAGCUAUUAUUUAUCAGAUGUGAUAUGAACUGCAUGGAAAAGUUCAUUUAUACAUCCAAUUGGUUACAUAUUGUAUUUUACAGGGAAAAUAAAAGGUUUGUGAUCUGCAUGUGUUUACACUAUGCAGACUGUUUGAAGUCAUUUUGUUUGCUUCGUGGUGUUUGGCGAAUGACAAUUGACCAUAGCUAUGUUAAUCAUCUCUAAUUUAUUUUAUGAUACAAUUGUUCAUGUAGACUGUCUGGUACUGUGUGAAUCUUGCAUCUCAAGCAAUAUACUAGUAUUUCGUACA